CCUCAGUUAGCGACCGGACCUGGGAGUGAACUGUUGUCUGUCGUGGAUAGGACGCGGGGGUCGGUGAGAGCGUCACCCGAGUCGUUUCUCUUCAGCCUUCAAGUAUCGAGGGUCCAGCCCCGGAUUGGACUUGUCGACGCCUCUCGUCCCCUCUCAGCUUCCGAACGUGAGCCGGGGAUUCACGCCUCACCUCGGCGCGAGCCCCGCGAAGGGGAGGCAGGAUGGAGUUCAAGCUGGAGGCUCACCGCAUCGUCAGCAUCUCCCUGGGCAAGAUCUACAACUCGCGGGUCCAGCGCGGCGGCAUCAAACUGCACAAGAACCUGCUGGUCUCGCUGGUGCUGCGCAGCGCCCGCCAGGUCUAUCUGAGUGACCCGUGCCCGAGCCUCUACCUGGCCGGUCCCGCGGGGAGCCGCGGCGCGGCGGGCGUGGGUGGCGGCCCCGCGGGCGGCCCGGCGCCCGGCUCGAGCCCGCUGAAGAAGCCCCGCCGGAACUCAGAGGAGCAGCCGGGCGGGGCGGCGGCGGCGGAGGAGGAGAUGGAGACCGGUAACGUGGCUAACCUCAUUAGCAUCUUCGGUUCCAGCUUCUCGGGACUGUUGCGGAAAAGCCCCGGGGGCGGCCGGGAGGAAGCCGAGGGAGAGGAGAGCGGUCCGGAAGCCGCGGAGCCCGGGCAGAUCUGCUGCGAUAAGCCGGUGCUGAGAGACAUUAACCCUUGGAGCACAGCCAUCGUGGCCUUCUGAGCCCCCGGGUCCCCUUCGGAAGGAGGUUGAGCAGCGGGGUGGCCCCGACGUGAGGCCGCGAGGACGGCCCAGGGACCGUAGGCGCUGGGCGUGUGGCGGAGACUGCGGCUGCCGCCGGGCCGCACAAACUGCGCUCGGGCUCGGCGGCCCUGCCGCGCCGAGCCUCCCCGCGGUCUCCUCUGGAGACUUGGGGGUGCGAGGCCGGUCGGAAGAGGACGAUCGUUCGCUUUUGUGUAGUGUUAUGUCUGUGUACGUACGUUUGUCUUGUUGAAUUAAGACUAUUUUGUCCUUCGGAAUGCAUCACCCCUUUCCCAGGGCUUAGGAGAUUGGGGGCAGACAGGGACUUUCCUCUGCCGGCAGCGCCGAGAAGGAAGCGGCUGAGAGCGGCCGGGGCCGGGGAGUUCCCCUUUCGUACUCGGGGGAGGAAGGGACUUUACACACACCCCUCACAUGAAAGCGAGCACCGCACCGGGGCCAGGAGUGGCAUUUCCUCACAGGAUUUCCUAAGACUGGAGGGAUUUAGGCUGGGGUAGAAACUUGUAGUCUUUCUCCCCCCACCCCCACCCCUUCUAUCUCCCUGAAAAACGCUCUACCCUGUGAUUACUCUGGGAAAAGGGAAUAUGAGCGGCCCUUGUCUUCCCCACAGGGAAAGAAAAAAAAAAAAAGCUUGAUGAACUUCACAGAAGAGUUCAAGCUUGGAAAUAUGGAGUUUAUAGAGAAUAGAUAUAUUUUUAAAAGCUCUAGAUCAGAACUACUACACAGUGCUUUUAAAAAGUGUUCAAUGAAACAAAAGUUUACAGACAGAAGCCCUAAGUGGAAAGACCUUAUGGUUUUGUAAAUACGGUGACUCCAGUCUUUGUUGUAUAAAGGUUGGGGGAGCUGACAAGGUUUUUUGUACAGUAUUUUCUCCUUCGUUGUAUUGAUUUUUGUAUAAAAAUGUAACUUUACGUGUCUAACACGUAUUAAAUAUUUUGAAGCAAGUUAA